CAGCAUCUAUAAUCAGAUCCUACGUGCAACUUGUUUAAUCCAACGGCUCAGAUUUCUUUGCGUUUGCUUUUAUAUACCCGCUGUUUUUUCUUUUUCUGUUUCUUACACCAAACUUAAACCAUUUAGCUCAUUCUCAUCCGAAAAAUGAACGUCUUCGAUUCUCCGGUCGAAGCUUUGGCGUUUAAUUACGUUAACUUCGGUGUUCUUACGGUGGUUAAUAAUUUAUGGACAUGGCUCGCUCUACUCACGGCGGCUGUCAGCUUUUGGAGAAUCAGAAGUACUGUCACCAUCACCAACACCGCCGCUUGCUCAAUUAAUUAUGACAGCCGCCUUGGUCAUGAGAGUUCUCCGCCGGUUGAUGUAACAUCGGAGCCGGAUGAACCGGCUACGACGAUAGAUGAUUUACCUAGCUGUUCACCAACUCCAUCAUCAAAACCGUUAGUUUUUGAAGAAGACAAUCUUACAAAAGGGACUAACAAUAAAUUUAUAAUGUAUUAUGAAGAUGAUAGAGAGUGCGAUGGUGGUUCCGUCUGCGGCGGCGAUGAGUUGACGGUGGUGGAGGAGUGGGGAUACAGAAGUGGCGGUUGGGAGGCGGAGAGAGUUUUGAAGAUGAGAAUGGGAGAAAUGGGAUGGUACAGGUGUCAGGAUUUGACGGUGAUUAACGGCAACGUUGUAAGAUUAUGGGACGACGUCGUUAGAAGGGGAAAGUACAGCUCAGGCUGAGUUGUUUGGUUAUGGUUAGGUGAGAACGUUUUAGAAAUUAUAAGUUGUAGACAGAAGAAGCUUUUCUGUUAGCUUCUCGAUUGCUAAAAAGCUAAUCAAAAUGUAAAUACGAUGGGUCAGAGAAAGCUUUUGAAAAUCAAAAUGGUUGCAUUUUUCA